GACGGUAGUGACGGCGUCGAUCGUGCGAGCAAGUAAAUGGACAUCGCUCGCCUUGGGAGCCCACAAUAACCUCGUCGGCCAAGACCACGCCAGUUUCCCCCAACAGCACACCAUGUCCUGCGGAAGUGCCCCCUCAUGCGACCCAGGCUUGCCCGACAACGCCCUCUUUCACAGACCUGGCGACGAGCCGGCCAUUGCUGCGCACAGCGAUGGGGCAUCCGACUCCUUCGACGACGAGUUCGAGCCCAGUGAGUGGGAUGAGGACAACCUCAGUGACACGACCUCCAUAAACAGCAGCAUAUACGCCCACACAUAUGAGCACGGUCGGCGCUUCCACAAAUACAGACAUGGGCGCUAUCCGAUACCAAAUGAUGAUCAGGAGCAAAGCCGCGAGGACAUGAAGCAUGCAAUGUACAUGGAAUUGACUAAUGGCGAGCUCUUUUACUCCCCCAUUGGAGACAAUCCGCAAAAGAUUUUAGAUAUUGGGACAGGCACAGGUCUGUGGGCAAUUGAAGUUGGCGACAAGUUUCCCUCUGCCAUAGUCACCGGCCUUGAUCUCAGCCCCAUUCAGCCAGUGUGGAUACCGCCAAACGUGAACUUCAUCAUCGAUGAUGCCGAAGACGAAUGGAUGAAUGGUUCCGCCUGGGAUCUUGUGCACUGCCGCGGCAUGUCUACGACGAUCAAGGAUCCGCACAAGCUCUGCCAGCAGACAUUCGACAACCUCAAGCCAGGCGGCUGGAUGGAGUGGCAGGAGCAGCACGCCAACUUCCUCUGCGACGACGGCACAAUGAACCCAGACGACGAUUUAAUCAAGCUCUACCGCCUGGCCACGCAGGCGUUUGAGCGUAUCGGAUACGACGUCCAUCUCGCCUCCAAGUUGCGGGAGCCUCUGGAGAAGGCCGGCUUUGUCAACGUGCGGUGCGUCGUAAAGAAGAUACCCAUCGGGACGUGGCCGGCGGACAAGACGCUUAGACUUGUGGGGAUGUACAUGAAGACGGCGAUCCAGAGCUUUCUGCCCGUAAUCAUCGCGAAGCCGCUGGCACUUUUGGGGAUACCAGAAGACGAGCGGGAAGUGUGGCGAGCUCUUGCGCUCAGGUCGCUGAGUAAAAGUGACCAGCACAGGUAUUAGAACAUGUAUUUCUGGUAUGGGCAGAAGCCUUCGUAACAAACUUUUGUAACGACCUGCUUCUGAAGAUAAAAGCAUGUAUUGUGAUAUUUUGCGAGUGCAUGGGUUCUUGUUCCUUUGCCUGUGGUUUCUCAGACCGGCCGCGACUGGACAGCUUUUGUACA